AUGGGCAAAGCCCAGGGUGGAAGCAAGGGCAAUGGAACGGGGACGGGGACGACCCGUAGUCUCGACCAAGCCGACACAGACACGAUACGGGAGCUGAAGGACAAGCUCAACGACAUCCGCACCCUCAUAGCGAACGAGCCGGAACUUGCGGGGUAUCGCGAGUUUGACCAGCUCUCGCAGAUUGUGGAACAGACCACUAGGAAGGUCGAGGAUAUCGAGGAGUUCCGCGAUGAGAAUCCUGGACGGGUUAUUAGGCACGCUACGUUCACCUCUGUGAACGAUGUCGAUAUGAAGAAUCUCGGCGUGCAGACCGAUCAUAUCAUCCCAGGAGAGGAACUCGGCCCCAUCUUAGCGGAGGCGUUCGAAGCUAUGAUGCCGCCUUCGUUCAAAACAGUGCUAGAGCGAUUAGUGGAGCGCCCCAAGCUACGCCAAUACUUGAUCAACGCUAACAGCCACAUCGAAACUCUAGAAGAGAUUGGGAGCCGUGUUCUCGUGAACCGGUGGAUCCUCGAGCUAUCAGACAUCUGUGACCAGCUUCACAUCUGUCUGUUUCUCCAGUUGGAUCCACGAUUCUGCGAGAUCACCAACCCAGCGCGGAUUGACUACAAGGAAUACACCACCCUGCUGACCCACCACGCGGACUACGGCUCGGAGCACCCUGAUGAACGCUUGGAAGCUUACAAGAAAGGCGAGCUGAGGACGAUAGGUAUUCAGCGAUGCUACUCGGACUCGUCGCAAGAAACGUUCAUGGUCCUGGAGGCUCUCGGACAGAAGAUCGACCUGCAGAAGUACAUACCACAAGCCGUCGCACGUUGUCUUGUCUUAAUUCACUGCACUGAAGAACAAAAAUCGUCUACGCACGCAUCCUUCUGCUUAACCAACGGACGCCGUUGGAUAUUUGCAGUCGUUGAUAGCCUCAACGGCGUGUGCCUUCGCACAUCCGACAUAAUCAUGGAGUUAUCGAAGGACCCGCCGGCGAAGAUAAUGAAACCGCUAUUCUAUUGGUCGACGAUUCGGAGUCGUAUUAUAUACAACAAACUGAAAGAAUUUGUAUGA